AGAACCAUGAAGAUCCGUCGGGCGCUUGCAGCGUCGCUGCUUUCCAUCGUUGUAAACUCGGGGCUGGUCGCCUCCUUCGCUUCAUCUCCCGCUCUCGCUAGAUCGAUGAGCGUCAAGGCUGUGCAUGCUUGCAGAGCUUCUUCUUUCCACGGCAUGGCUGCUGGCCAGUCGUCAGUCCUCUCCCGCCGCUCUCGCUCUGUGCGGCUCAACGGCGUGUCGGGCUCGAGGAUGGUGAUUUACUGAUCCAUCAAAACCGCCUUCGACGCAUUCAGAUUCUAUGUGCUGCGUCAGGGCGAGGAGCUGCGAGGUACCGGAGUGUGGGGAGCUCUCAGGAUCAAGAGGGAUCCGGAUGAGAGCAAAGAGCAGGAGAAGAAGGAGGAGCGGGAGAGCUCUGACUAGGCCGCCCUGACGGGAUACGCCCGAGAAGCGGGUGAAGGGAAGGAGCAACCAUGACGGACGCAUCAGAAAAGAAAGCUUGAUACGCCCUGAGACCUCUUCCCUCCCUCCCCUCCCACUCGCUGCCUCUCCUUGGCGAUGUUAUAAAUUUCAAAAUCUCA